AUGGCUUCUUCAAUCUCACCAUGGUUCUCUCCCAUUGCCAUAACCUGUUCCAACACACGCAACCGUCGCUAUCGUUUACCCACCCGCACUAAAAGAAAACCUCCUCCAAACCCUAAACUCAACAAAAACCAAACCACCAAGCAUAAUUCUCCGCCUGAACCGCUACUCCUCUCAGCCGCCGAACCCACCACCUACACCCGUCUCCCUCUCAAAGAAGACUAUUCCUCAUCCUUCUCCUCUUCCUCCUCCGAAAUUACACUCUCCGAAUCAAUAUCAAUUCACCAAUUUCUCCACAAAGACGAAGAUGAUGAUGAAGAAGAAGAAAUCGAUGGUAAUUUUAAAGGAAUUCGUGAUUCCGAGUCUGAAGACGAAGAAGAAAUCGAUGGUAAUUUUAAAGGAAUUCAUGACUCCGAGUCUGAAGACGAAGAAGAAGAAGAAAUCCAUGAGUAUGAAGACGAUGGGAACGAGGAGGUUAACGAAAAUGAAGAAUUAUGGAGUGAGGAAUCAGAGGGUGAGGUGAAGGAGAAAGGGUUACCGGCUGUUAUGAGAUGUUUUGACCGGGCAAAGAUACUUGUAAGGUCUGGAGACGGAGGGAACGGCUCGAUGGCAUUCCGGCGGGAGAAAUAUGUGCCGUUUGGAGGGCCGUCAGGAGGGGACGGAGGGAGAGGUGGUAAUGUGUAUUUGGAAGUUGAUAAAGGGAUGAGUUCGUUGUUACCAUUUCGGAAUGGGAUUCAUUUUCGGGCAGAGAGGGGGUCACAUGGGCAAGGAAGGAAGAUGAUUGGUGCUAAGGGGGAAGAUGUGGUGGUGAAGGUGCCUCCUGGGACGGUGGUUAGAGAAGCUGGGAGUGAUGUGGUGCUGUUGGAGAUGGUGUAUCAUGGACAGAAAACAUUGUUGUUGCCGGGUGGUAGAGGUGGUAGAGGGAAUGCUGCUUUUAAGACUGGGAAUAAUAAAGCUCCUAAGAUUGCUGAGAAUGGUGAAGAAGGUCAUGAAAUGUGGUUGGAGUUGGAACUCAAGCUGGUUGCAGAUGUUGGAAUAGUUGGUGCUCCAAAUGCAGGGAAAAGUACACUUUUGAGUGUUGUUAGUGCUGCAAAACCAGAGGUGGGAAAUUAUCCCUUUACAACGCUGCUUCCCAAUUUGGGCGUUGUUUCCUUUGACUAUGAUUCAAAUAUGGUAGUGGCAGACCUUCCGGGUCUUCUUGAAGGAGCACACAGAGGUUUUGGUUUAGGUCACGAAUUUCUGCGACACACUGAAAGGUGCUCUGCACUGAUACAUGUCAUUGAUGGUUCAUCACCACAGCCAGAUCUUGAGUUUGACGCAGUUCGUCUAGAGCUGACGCUAUUUAAUCCUGAACUUGCUGAGAAGCCUUUUAUAGUUGUUUAUAACAAAAUGGAUCUUCCAGAAGCAUAUGAAAACUGGGAAUCCUUCAAGGAUAAGUUGGAAUCUCGUGGGAUCACACCUUUUUGUAUGAGCGCUGUCAAAAGGGAAGGUACUCAUAAAGUUAUAUGUGCUGCUUAUGAACUUUGGCGUAAAAAUAAAGAAGACAAGGAGGAAUAUGAAGAUGGACAAGAUAUGGUAGACAUGAAUCAUAUAGCUCACGUAAUACAGAAACAACGGAGUGCAUCCAUUAGUGAGUUUGAGAUUUUUCAUGAUAGCAAUUCAGAUGUUUGGAGUGUAGUUGGAUCUGGAUUGCAACGUUUUGUCCAGAUGACAAAUUGGCGGUAUGUUGAUUCAGAGAAAAGAUUCCAAAAUGUUCUCGAGGCUUGUGGUGUGUUUAAGUCUCUCGUGAAACUUGGUGUAAAGGAAGGCGACAAAGUGAUGAUUGGAGAGAUGGAGAUGAUAUGGCAUGACUCCUCAAACCAAACCAGUGCGUCAAAGAUGAAGAUAUCCACAGAUUCAAUUAAGUGGCCUGAACAGAAGUAA